GGGGAAUGAAAGCGCUUGGGUACUUGAUCCUCUAGGAUUGAAACUAGGGUUUGGAGAGUGGUGUGUCCCCCAGCUCGCCCACCACUGCAGCGUACUGAGCUUGCUUUGUGAUCUGCUUUGUAAACAGCUCGAAGUGCUUUUGGCCAACUUGCUUCUCAGGUGCCUUCAGGAGCUCUGGGACAUUGAGAAGAUUACGCUUUUCAAGAUCAGAGGAUCAUUGAAUAUCCUGGUGUAAAGACAUGGCAGGCCUUGAUAGCAAUCCGGCUAAGCGGAGGCGAAAAGGCAAGAAUGCACCCCCUGAGGAAAAAGAGGCCGAGCGAUUAGAAGCGGAGAGGAGUGCUGCAGAGGCGGCUCACCUUGAGAAAGAGCUCUUUGGUGGCACAGAGGAAGAUUUUGAUGCAUUCGGGCAGGAGGAACGAGUGGAAGAGACGCCUGUUGAAGGGGUGUUAGGGUUUGAAGAUCGGCGGGGGGCGAAGGGGGAUGCUGAUGAGGAUGAAAGGGCAGGCCCCCGGCCGGCCUGGGUGGACGACGAAGACGAGGAGGUCACAGUAAACAUAGCCAGGGUGAAUAGGCUCCGGAAGCUGCGAGCAGAGGAGGAAGAGGUGGUGUUAACAGGCGCCCAGUAUGCUGAGCGGUUGAGGACACAGCAUGUAAAGCUUAACAGGGGGACGGAGUGGGCGAAACUAGAAACCAGGGGGAAGCGAAGGCUGCUGCACGAGGGGGGGUGGGAGGAGGAAGGCGAGGAGGAGGAGCGGGGGGAGAUCUUGAGGGAGGCGGGGGACCUGGUGGUGCGAAGCCGGACGAAGCUGCCUCAGACCGUGCUGGAGGCCACCAGGAUGCGAGACGCCAACCAGGAAGAGCCCACAAAGGGCGUGGUGCGCAGCGUGUGCUUCCACCCCAACGCGCAGCUGCUCCUGACGGCGGGCCUGGACAAGACGGUGCGCUUCUUCAACGUGGACGGCAAGAAGAACCCGCGCGUGCAGAGCUUGUUCCUGGAGGACAUGCCCGUCGCGAAAGCCGGGUUUACCGGGGAUGGUCGCAAGGUGGUAGCUGCGGGGCGACGGAAGUGGUUCUACGUCGUGGAUCUCGCGUCGGCGCGGGUCGAAAGGAUUGGCGGCAUCGUUGGGCGUGAAGAGAAGAGCCUCGAAAGCUUUGCGCUCUCGCCCCUCGGCGACCAGGCCGCGUUUCUCGGAAACGAAGGCCACGUCAGUCUGGUUUCCCUCCACUCCAAGCAAUGGAUCGGCACGCUCAAAAUGAACGGCUCCGCUCGCGCGGCGGCGUACGCCCCCGAUGGGAAUACCCUGCUGACGUCUGGAGGAGACGGAGAGAUCUACCACUGGGACGUGCGCACCCGGCGGUGCAUGUACCGCACUCGCGACGAGGGCUGUGUGAAAAGCUCCGCGUUAGAUGUGUCAUCGGACGGCCGGUAUUUCGCCACGGGGUCGGACAGCGGGGUGGUUAACGUCUAUAACCGAGCGCGGUUAGGGGUGGACGAUGAACCCGUGAACGAGCCACGUGGGUUGUUCUCCACGAGCCCAUCGCCGUUGAAAACGGUCAUGAACCUGACGACAGUAGCGGACACGGUCAGGUUCAAUCCGGACGGGCAGAUUCUGGCGAUUGCAUCGCGGAUGAAGAAAGACUCGCUGCGGUUGGUGCACCUGCCGAGCGGGACCGUGUUUCAGAAUUGGCCCACGGCGCGGUCGCCGUUGCAGUUUGUGCACUCGUUGGACUUCAGCCCGGGGGGCGGGUUCAUGGCGGUCGGGAAUGCGAAAGGGAAGGUACUACUGUACAGAUUGCAUCAUUACGAGCACGCAUAGUCAAUGAGCGGGAAAGUUUCAUGGAAGAUCGGGCCAGCGGGUAGACGAACAGGCCUAAAUGAUUUCAUAGGUCAAACUAGGGCCAAUGCUACCAUUUAGCUUGACAUUGAUCAAGUCGAUCAAAGUAGCGUGUAUGAAUCAACUUGACACAAGAUUCUAGAGCAUGUUCUUGAUGAAUAUCGUGGCUGUGGAUCUAGCUGUUUCGUUCAUUAGUACGUCAUCA